UGUGUUUCGGGGGCGAGUACUCAAACGACUGGAUUAUUCGAGAAAUGGGUGGAGACAAUCGUGAGAUUAUAAAUACUUGUUGGGCUGCGAUUCGUCCCACCUUCCACACACUCACGAUCUGGCAAAUCCUCGACCAUCGCUGGGGCUUUAACGAAAGCAGUGUGUCAAACAACGGUGUUUACGCUGGAGCUCUGAAAAAAGACAAGAGGUGCUCCGGUUAAGCCCUGCAUCAUCUUGACCAGAGAACGCAGGGAUCAUUUGCUUCAGUCUCUAAAGAAACAUUUUGUUUCGGGAGAGGGUACAAUUUGAUAGUACUUACAUGCUGCAGCCGCCAUCAGUCCUUCAUAAUAAUCUUUAAUCGAUGCAAAAUGGUGCAAAAUAAGAUUACCGAAGUCACUGGAUUCCAUCGCUCUUUCAAGGGCCCAAAUCCCUUUGCUGGUGAUGAAUUCACAAAUGGUUCCCUCCUUAAUUCAGACUUCAAUUUUGAUUUGUCAAAUAGACAUGAUAUUACCUCCAGCAAGCCUAUUGACAUCCCUGAUGCCAAGAAGAGAAAUAAGAAGAAAAAGCGUUGCAGGGCAACUGACAGCUUCUCUGGCCGAUUUGAGGAUGUCUACAGCCUGCAGUCAGAGGUACUUGGAGAGGGGGCUUAUGCAAGGGUACAGACCUGCAUCAACCUCAUCACCAAUAAAGAAUAUGCUGUCAAGAUCAUUGAGAAGAGACCCGGUCACAGCCGCAGUCGCGUCUUCAGGGAGGUGGAGAUGCUGUACCAGUGCCAGGGUCACAGAAACAUCCUGGAGCUGGUGGAGUUCUUUGAGGAGGAAGACAAGUUUUACUUGGUGUUUGAAAUGCUGAGAGGGGGUACAGUCCUGGCUCACAUCCACAGGAGACUACACUUCAGUGAGCAGGAAGCCUGCGUUGUGGUGCAGGACAUCGCCAGCGCUCUGGAUUUCCUGCAUAACAAAGGAAUGGCACAUAGAGAUCUGAAGCCGGAGAACAUCUUAUGUGAGCAUGCGGACAAAAUCUCGCCUGUGAAGAUCUGUGACUUUGACCUGGGUAGUGGGAUCAAGCUAAACAGCGACAGCUCUCCCAUCUCCACCCCAGAGCUCCUCACUCCAUGUGGCUCGGCAGAGUACAUGGCCCCUGAAGUGGUGGAGGCCUUCAGCGAGGAGGCCACAAACUAUGACAAGCGCUGUGACCUGUGGAGCCUGGGGGUCAUCCUCUACAUCCUGUUGAGUGGCUACCCACCCUUUGUAGGCCGCUGCGGUAGCGACUGUGGCUGGGAUAUGGGAGAACCCUGCCACACAUGUCAGAACAUGUUGUUUGAGAGUAUCCAGGAAGGGAAGUAUGAGUUUCCAGAGAAGGACUGGGCUCACAUCUCCUCAAGUGCCAAAGACCUGAUCUCCAAACUUCUUGUUAGAGAUGCCAAGAACCGCCUGAGUGCCGGCCAGGUUCUGCAGCACCCCUGGGUGCAGGGGGGAUUCUCUGACACACUGCCAACAUCCAUCCUACCUCAAAGGAGCAGUGCCAAGGACCUGACGUUCUUUGCUGGCAAGGCAGUGGCCAUGAACCGGCAGCUGGCUGAGCAGGCUGUGAUGGCAGAGCAGCAGCAGCUCGACGAGGCUCCCACUGUCAUCACAGCCUGCUCCACUUCCAUGCACCUCUCCCCUCCAUCCAAGUCCAAGCUGUCCAAGCGCAGGCAGAGCCUGCUAAAGACGGGGCCUGUCUCUGCCGCCGAGCUCUGCCAGCUCCUCGCCCCCCUCGUCAUCACGUCAUCUGCCUGAAUCACCGCCUUUGACCAGCCGCACCCACUGAAUCGGAUCUCCAGAUGACCGCUCGCCCUGGCCCCUGCCUCGCCAUGGCCCCUGCCUCGCCCUGGCCCCAACUCAACCACACUUUUAUUGACUGCAGGCUUGUCCCCCUCUUUAACAGGAGAGACCGCUGCCAUGCCUGGCUCCAAAAGUAUAUUUCUGAGGGCAAAGAUGAAGAGCCAGCAGCCCAAAUGCACACAUGCCCAAAAUUCCUGAUCAGUGCAGCUCCACGUAUGCGUCCUCUAUUAAUUGAAAUGUGAUGGCAGUUGGAGAAAUGGCUUGAGCUGCGCUGAGAAUGAGAAAAGUACAACACUGCUGUGUACACUUUGGACUCUGUUAAAUGCUUCACUGCCUUCUGCCCCAUAGCAGCACUUGUAAAGCACAUUAGCCAGGGCCUGCAUACAUGGCACAUCCAGGCUGAGGGGGGGCCCUUUUCAAGCUGUAUUUCUUUUGAGUCUAUGGCAGAACGGUUGAACCAAGCUCAGACGCCAAAUGACUACCUGUUGUGCUGCUUCCACAUGUUAUAACUGGAUCCACUGUGAAUGAAGUUUAUCUGGAAUGUUCUCCAUGUCUGAAUGUCCCAUCAGCAGAUGCAUACACGCUGAUGCAAUGGCCAACAUGAAGGGUUUUACAUGUGGAGGUAUUCAGUGGAAAGAGUUCAGAAGGCUGGAAGCCCAAUGCUGCCAGUGUCUGUCGCAGUCCAUUGUUUGGAUAAAUUCCUCUUCAACUGAGCCUCCUCUGUGGAAGGUCUAAGCCCACAGUACAAAAUGUUGUGGCUGUGCCCAUGAGCCUCUAGUACCAGAGAAUGUAUCUAUAACCAGCCCUUAUUACGCUACAAUGCAGUUUCAUAGAUGACAUGAAUUAUGCCAAACUACCAAUCGCCAUGCAUCAUUCAAUUUUCAUCUAUUCUUUCUGAUAUCAGGGAAUUCCUCCUGAAUUAAUACAAUGCAAUAGGGGUUGAAUGAAAUGUUGCGCCUGCCUCUGUGGAAGGUGCUUUAUGCACUAACCUAAAGUUCUUGGCACAUGCAACUCAUUUGAUACCAGAACAUGAACUUUGUUGUCCUGAUGCUACCCUCAAUAAACAUGGAGCAGGAAAAUUGCAAAUUUGGUUCCCCAUGCCAAAGCUUCCCAUGCCAAAUUAAGUACUAAGUGUUGUCAUCAAACUAUAAGAUGUAUUAAUGUAAACCUCUAAAGUUAUUUGACUGCUAUGUAAAGGAAAUAUGCCAUGGCUGUCGUAAUAAUCUGUCUAAUUUAGCAGAGUUAGAAAUGCUCAUUUUAGCCGACGUGACUUGGCUAACGUAUUUAGAUUUGUUCAGGGUUUAAUCAGGCUUUUCUGUUAAGAGGUUAACCUGCUAUUGACCUCGAUAAUGUGACACCCUCAGAAUGAUUCCAAAUUGCAUCACAACUGCAAAAACUUCAUUUUGGGAGAAAUAAUUUUCAUUCAACAUGGUGACGGAGAAGAUGGAAAAGUCUAAAUGGCAUAGCAUUCCAGAAAAGUCUUCCGAGGACAUGUAGCUGUAUUGAGUUAUUUAAAAAGUUAACUAUGUUUAACUCCAUGUUAAUGUUUAACUGUGCCACUUUUUUUUUUUUUACACGUGUUUUUAAGCUUUUAUCUUUCGAUGUUAACCUCAUGCAGGUGCUGUUCAAUUGUUCAGGUGGAACACCAGAUGUUCCUUUUUUUUAAAUUCCUUUUUUUAAAGUGUGAAGUUUUAUCUGGAGCUAAAUUAAUGCCCAGUGACAGUUCUUUUAAUGUUAUUUUGUAAUGCGAAAGUGUUGGCAACAAUCUGUUUAGAAACCAGUUUGGCUGUUAGGAAAUUGACAAAUUAUAUUAGUGAUGGGUUCUCAAGACACUAGCCAAUGCCAAAAAGUCAUGAAAACAAGUGACAACGUGCGUGUUCUCAUCACCAAGGAGUACAACGACUGAACUCAUGACUGUCCAUGUAGUGUUACCACUACUGCAGUUUGGUUAUCUUGGAAGAAAUGGCUCCCUUAGUGUCAAAAGGCCCAUUAUGCUGAUUCAUGGGACACUGAUUGUGAUCUUUCUGAAACCUUUCUACCAAUGUAUGUUUCUGGGGUUUUAUGUCUUAUAGUAAGACUUACUUGAAUUUGUGUAUGCAGCUGUUCUUUGUUUGGGGAAACUAACUUGCUAUCAAGAAUCUGAGAAAAAGCAUUAAGCUGCUUAAGGCAUUUUUGGGGGGUUUAUGAAAAUGCCUUUUCAAUUGAGUUUCUGCCUGCCUUUUAUUUUGUUUCUCUAUCAGACAAGUGUCUCUCUAUUUUGUUAGGGUUGUGAUUCUCCGAAAUGCACAGAUGUAGUACUUACAUCUACGGUGUGUUCUUAGUCAUAACCAUUUCUACUUUUGCACAAUGCAGUAGUUUUGGACUUUCUAAAUGAUCUUGCAACAAUGUGUAAAAUGCGACCAACUGGACAGUCAUAAUCCCCCACUAUUUGAAUGGUGCUCACAGUGAACGCAUUUAAGAUUUGAACAACAUUGGAACAUAUGUAUAAAUAUUUCAGUUCGAGGGGAGGUAACGUAAAUGUUUAUCUACGUGGUUCUCUACUCAAGCCUUCUUUGGAGUUGUUGCCCCUUGUUUUUAACUCUUUUUGUCCCAGCCCAAAAUAUUAACAGGAUUUUUAUUUUAUUUUUUACAAAUCAUAAUUCUGAGACAUUGAAUUGAAAUAAGCACUUUACUGUAACAUGGGACUGAUUUGCAGUUCACGCAAAGAAACAUGACUUGCAGAAUUUUUUUUUUUUUUUUUUCUAAAUACAAUAAAUUGCUUUGAACAAGUA